GGUUUUCAGUUCAGAGAACGCUGCGUUGCCACUCGGUUCGUGGCGCGAUCGAUGGUUCCCGAUUUGAUCCCAUCCGAAACGAUCCGAAGUGUUAUUUUCUUCGCCGCUUGCAUAUUCAUUACACUUACGUCGAGCCGACCGAAAGCACAAACAAAGUAGCGACAAUUACGCGGCGGCUCUCCCUUUUGAAUAAUAGCAACAAAGUGAACACUGGGCGGCAAAGCGGUAAAUGGUAGACCAUACCGCUCUGCCACAUCUACAUAUUCGCUUUACGUGACGUAACAUAGCGCACUUUUUGUUAUUGUUUGGCCUGCCCCCCAAACGUGUGACUAUUUAUCUAUAUAAAUAUAUACAUACAUAUAUGUGUUCGCAAACGUGUAUAUCUGAGUGUGGCGUUUUCAUGAACGCGUUCGUGAUCUUUGAAGCAAAACAAAGCUAAAGCUGUCCAUUUCACCGCGAAACGCAGCAUAAGGCAACGGCCCAAUAAUCAUCGGUUUUUUACGUGAAUAUACAUACACACGUACACCGAACUUGCUCACGUAAACCCUAAAAUAUAGACGUAGCUAUAUAUGGUAUUUUUCUGCCGACGUCAUGCCAACAAACAACCAGUGGCUAACGAUUUAUGUAAAGUGAAAACAACUUUGGUUCUGGCCAUGUUCAAAGGCCGAGGCAAACUCACUUGCAUUUCAAAACGAGUGAGUCUGCUUAGCAUUGAUUUAACACUCGAAUAUCCGGUGGAGAGGUGGGCACGUUUAAAAAUCAGAGAACUUUGAAAGCAAGGCAAGAAUACAGCUACAGCAUAACAACGUUGAUUAGUCAUGACGCGCCGCUGCUUCCGAGUUGUCUACAUAGUAGGAAGAUACGGCUGCUAUGGAUCCAAUUUUCUUCUCGCCAACGAAUGGUAUACCGUCAGAGAGUAAACUCGCUACUUAUAUGAACCGACAGAAUGUCGCCACACCGAGCGGUUAUGGGCUGAAUAACGGGUUCUCACUACUUAAUUUGGAUUCGCCCCUAAAUAAAAAGUCCCAGGUCACGCCGCAGUCACCCGAGUUCAUUCCAACGCGCAUAAACUCGACGCCCAACUUCUACGCACCAUAUCACAACGCGCCCAUGCAAUUGAGUAAUGGGCUCAACGGCGUCAAUGGGUUAACAGCAGCCGCAGCAGCAGCAGCAGCCGCCGCAGCAGCCGCCGCCGCAGCAGCAUCAGUGUCCUCCUCCACGUCAUCGGCGUCCUCCGCCUCGGUGACCAUCAGUAAAACAGCCAACGGCGGCGCCUCCAUGCUCGCCCUGCAAAAGUCCGCCUCCAUAGCCUCAGUCACCAUCGCACAACAGCAACAGCAGCAGCAGUCGCAACAUCCACAGAAACAGCAACAGCAUCCGCCACCGGCGGGCGGUGGAGCCAUCUCCGCCGCCUCCGCCCCCAUUGCGAUCAGUGGCGCACCACCGAACCCCGCCGCUGCCCCCUUCGUCAGCAACAUGUCCGCCCAGACGCCGCUCAAGGGCAGGGGUGCCAUGCUGCGCCAGGAGUCGCCCACAGCGGCCAUGUUGGCAGGAGGCGGAGUAGGCGGAGGAGGUCCCGGCGAGAAGUCGCCCCCACACGGGAUGACGCCGCACGGAGCCUCGCCCAUACCCACAUCGCUGCCCACCAGCGUCCACCAGGAGAACGUCGGCGGUACCAUCUACUUUUAUCCAACUGCCAACGCACAGAACAACCAGCCCGUCGUCAAUUCCGUGGUGGUGGACACCACGCAUCCGGCUCACCAUGGCGUGAGCGCUGUGGCGCCGAUGAACGCCGUUGGCGUCGGCGUUCCGACGACAAUGAUGUACACUGGGCAUGUGUAUCCGGGACCGUCCUCCAAUGUCAUCACCCUGCAGCCGAAGACGCAGCUCGAGUCGGCCUUCUUCAUGCCCGACGAGAUGCGCUCCGAAAUCCUUGCCCGCAACGAGAUCUCCAACUUGAUUAUGGACGCAGCGGAGGCUGCGCAGCACGCCCUGCCGAUGGAGGUGGACAACUACCACGCACUGUAUCCGCUGGAGCCGCCGGCCCAGCCAAUGCACGCCAAGCUCACGCUCCCCGCCAGCACUUAUCGGGCCACGCACAAUACGACGGGCUACAAGUACUGUCUGCGCAGGUUACAUGGUUUCCGCCUGCAGUCGACCAAGUGCAUGACGCUGGUGGAGAUGUGGAAGAAGCUGCAGCACACGAAUGUGGUACAAUUGCGUGAGGUGUUCACGACAAAAGCAUUUGGUGAUAACUCUUUAGUAUUAGUGUACGACUAUUAUCCCGGCUCACAAACAUUACUGGCCAAAUACUUCACACCAGCGCCAGAGACCAACGGGUACACUGAUCCAUUCCAAGGCGAGGCACGCCCCUUCAGUCAUAAGAGCAACAUGCAGCGAACGAGCAAUGGACCACUGCUGCCGGAGGCCACCAUCUGGUCGAUCAUCAUGCAGCUGACCGCUGGCCUAAAAGCCAUCCAUCAUGCAGGUCUUGCCUGCAAGGUUCUUGAUCCCACAAAGAUCAUAGUGACGGGCAAGCGGGUACGGUUUAGCUCCUGUUGCAUCUCGGACAUUACGCAAUUUGAUCCGAAUGCAGCCAAUCCUUUGGCCCUGGUUAAUAUGCAUCAGCAGGACGAUCUGACCGCUCUGGGUCGCUUAGUAUUAGCGCUGGCCUGCCGCUGUCUUCAAUCCGUGCAACGCGACAAUGUCCAGUCAAGCAUCGACAUGGUCACGCGAAACUACUCCACCGAUCUGCGAAACUUUAUAGUUUACCUCUUCACCACGAACAACCGUCGCUCGGUGACCGAUCUGAUGCCGAUGAUUGGCGCCCGUUUCUAUACUCAACUGGAUGCCCUACAGAGCCAAAUCGAUAUGCAGGAGGAUGAGCUGGCCAAGGAGAUGGAGAACGGACGGUUAUAUCGCAUUUUGGUCAAACUAAACAGCAUCAACGAGCGACCCGACUUCAAUCUGGACUGCACUUGGUCCGAGACUGGUGAUAGAUACAUGUUGAAAUUAUUCCGUGAUUAUUUGUUCCAUUCCGUCACUGAGGAUGGCCGGCCCUGGCUAGAUCACGCACACAUUGUACAAUGCCUCAAUAAGCUGGAUGCUGGCUCCAUAGAGCGCGUGCAACUGAUGUCCCGCGACGAGCAAUCGGUACUCAUCGUCUCCUAUGCUGAACUCAAGAAUUGUCUGGAGAACGCCUUCUCCGAACUGAUGUCAAGUGCGGCCAACUGAGCACCUCGGUGGGGCAAUAAAGAAACAGGAAACCGGAAUCCGGAAGCAGGAAAAUGAUUCUGAUAUCCUGAAAACUGAAAACACGCGCAGCUCACUUAGCCACCCUCCGCACGACCACAAAGCGACUACGAUUAAACGGAUUAGCUAUUAAGCGAAACAUUCAUUACGACUAAGACAUUUUGAGAACCAUAAACAAUUAAAAUACGAAGAUGUUUAUUGUUAAGCCAAAACCGAAAAAAGAAACGUAAAACAAAAAAAAAAACAAAAAAAAAAAAGAUGAAAGCCGAUAUCCAAUGUUAUGUUAGCUCUUAACUACAUUUUAGGCAUUUAAAACAAUACAAAAAGAAACAACCACAACCACAAAAAAUAAACCAACAAAAACAACUUUUUGAAAACGAAAUCUCUCCAAAAGAAAAACGCAAAAAUACAAAAAAACGAAAACAUACAAACAAACAAAAAAAGCAAGAAAAAACCAACUUAAAAGCAAAAAAAUUUGAAAAAUUUGUUAAAAAAUCCAAAAACACAUAAAAAGAGAAAGGGAAAUCACGCGAAGAGCCGAGAAAACAUGGAUCUAUUUUUACAGAGCUAAGAGAGAGGAUGAAAGUAUUUAUAAAUAUGUAUUAAAAAAUCGAAAGAAAAAAAUUGUAAAACUUUGCAACAAUAAAUAACUGUAAUGACAAAAACAAAAACAAUUGCAACACAGUGCAGCAAAAUCGUUGAGCAACAACAAAAAAAGAUAUGAAUUCAAUAUGCAGAUUAGAUGGAUAAGGAUUUUGAGAAACGUAGAGAAAGUAAGAAAGUGAACAAGGAACCACAUUAAAUGUUUAUAAAGCAUGUCUGACAAUGAUCGCCUGCCUCUUCUCCCCUACAGUAAACAAACAAAAAAGAACAAAUAAACUGAAAACCGAAAAGCGAAAAGCAGUUAAGAAACCGAAAGGAAAUGGAAAAGAAUGCUAAAGUGAGAGGCGCAGACGAGCAAGAACGACGACAACCGAGAAACGUUUUUAUUUUUCAAACUGUGUAUUUUUUAUAGCAAAAUAUUUUAAAAAAGAAAAAAAACACAAAUUUUCUAAAUACAAUUUAAAAUGUUUACAAAAUAACGCAAAACGAAAUGAGGUGCGAAACUAUGUAUUUGUAAAGCAAAUGUAAAUGUUGGUUCAUGGAACAUGCAAAGCGACGCACAGCGCGACUCUAGAAAGUAUAGUAGCUCAACGAGAAACUCAAAUCUUACUGAAUACAAAAACUGAAAAACUUAAAGCUGUAACCGAAACGAAAACGAAAAUGAAACCGAGAGCGCAACUAAAAUUGAAACGAAAUUGUCUAGGCCAAGAGCGUGAUAUAUAAUGUACAUACAUCCAUUUUGAAGAGUCUGCGACACGCAAUAUAUACAUUCGAACUAUUUGUGUUGGUCCAUGCUAAGAUACGCUCUCACUAAAUGAUGCAUACAGGUGUAUUGCCACGCACGCGCUGAACUUCCGAGUACAAUAUUUUGCUAAUGAAAGUCUGUCUCUAGUUGUAAACUAAAUCGCCUCCCCGCUAUAUGCUCCGAAUUCCAAUCCAAACCAAUUCAAUCCAAUCCGAAAGUCGCGUUGCGCCUGCGCGGCCGCAUAUCACACAUAAAUCGGUUCCGAUCGAGAGAAAACAAGGAUUACUAAAAGGCUUCAACUACGCACUACCACCACCACCAAACCACAUGAAAUGGAAAAGCAAAGAACUUUUAAAUACAUAUUAAGGACAAUUUGAUUUCGAGACUCUUUAAAAACAGCAUGUUAAUAUCAUUUUCUGUUGCAACGAAAGAACGAUGGAAAU